AUUACCUCCUACAUCUGUAAUGAUCCAGUCUGGCAUGGCCAAACUGAUGAUUGCAAAAACAUCUGCCAACAAGAACAAUGUUCCUGAUAUAACAGUUAAUUUGUCCAUUUUAAUGUUCUACAAGUUUAACCCAUGGGGAAUUAUAUAUGGACCUACAGAAAAAGUAUUAUUGUUAAUAAACAUCACUUUCUCUGUUGGUCGGUUUUCCUCGGACUAAAGACUCCUUAGUUAAUGAUUAGUAAUGAUCACACUAUGUCACUAUCACAGUCAGAUUAUGAUUAUGAUAGCAUUGAUUUGUUGUUACCACUAUGUUUCCAUAUGACCAUAUCCUUCAUUUGUUCGUAUCACAACCUUUGGCAAUUAACACUAUAGUUCUAGUGAUAUUGUAAUUAUUUUAUUGUAAUUGUUAGCAGCUAAUAGUUAAGUUAUUCGAUUUUCCUUGGUGGCAUUUAUUGAAUUUAACAUAGGUACAUUGGAAUUUUGUUAGACCUAUCAUGAGCUAUUCACCACCAACACAGUCAAACAUUACAAAGUUAGAUUGGCUGAGUCGUAUCGAAAAUAUGAAAGUCAACCGAAAAGAUAUGAAUAAACUAAUUAUGAACUAUUUAGUUUCUGGUAGAAAUAUAUGCAAUUGAUAGGUAUAUGGUAACUUAAUUAUUUCAUUAACGUAUGUGCAUUGUACAUAUUUUAGAAGGAUUUAAAGAAGCAGCUGAAAAAUUUGAACAAGAAGCAGGCAUUAGUUCUCCACUCAAGUUAAACACAUUGGGUAACCGCAUUAAAGUUAUUGAAGCUGUACAAUCAGGAAAAAUGCAAGAAGCCAUUACACUUGUCAAUCAAUUGUAUCCUGGUUUACUAGAUGAUGAUCGUGAUUUAUACUUUCACUUACAGGUUUAAUUUUUUUUUUAGAAUCUUAUACAAUUAUAUAUAAUUUUUUUAAACUUAUAGUAUUCGUUAAUGAAUAUGAAAUGAAAAAUUCUUUAUAAUUCUUUUAUUAUACAUUUAAAAUAUAUUUUGGUUGCUCUAUUUAUAUUAAUAACAUUAAUUGUAACUUUCUAAAUCAAUCACACAAAUUUGUUUUAAAUUUUUGUAUGUUAUACACAAUCUAUGCAACACGAGUACAUUAAGUGUAUGUGAUAUGUAAACAAAAAAAUUACAGGAAGAUAUUAACGGAAGAAGCUCCUAAUGUUGACAUUAUCUAACUUUAUAUUUAAUAAUAAUGAUGAUAAUAAAACAACAAGACAGAAAACUAUUUAAUUUGUUUGUUGGAUACUAAAGUUUUGAGCAUUUGUAGAUGGGAGUUUAGUUGCAAUCUUUUGACUUUGAUAUUAUGAUGAGCUCAUGCAAGACGGCGGUCAAGGGUUAAUCCUAGGUAUUUUACAGCUUAGUUUCAAUGGAUUUGAGUGCCAUAAAAAGUUACAUUAGAACAAGGAGCUUGUUUAAGAAUAAAUGUAGUAUGAAUAAAUUUGGUUUAAUUGAUUUUAAACUGCCACUUUAUUUACCAGUCUUCCAUUAAUAGUAAAUGGUUUUGUAAGUUGUUGGACGCUAUGAUAAUCGAUACUAGUUAAAAUGAUUGCCUUGUUGUUUGCCUUAACCGCCCCUAGUGUGUUCGGUGUAAUCGGUUGGUCUGAGGUAUAUAUAGGUAGUAGGCGUAGGUGGUCUCCAAUGACAAACGUUGUUUCAUCGCAGUUACCAAUUGGAAAACUAAGUAUUGAAAUUUCUACUUAUGACAAAUAAUAAAAAAGUUGAUUUAGACACAACUCACCAACUUAUUGUAUUAAAAUUAUGCAACAUGAACGGUAAUAAAAACACACAUCGGAAGCACUGCGUAAACACAAACGUCUGAACCGAAAAAUGGCUAUCGCGGAACUACAUAAAUAUUUUUAAAAAAAUUCUGUGCUGUAUUUUUUAAUUAAGUAUUAUAAAAUUAUUAAAUAUUCUAAAUGUAAAAAAAAAUAAUACAAACAUAUUUAUUAACAUUUAUUUCAUUAUUUAUAUAGCAAUUGCAUCUAAUUGAAUUAAUUAAAGAAGGUAAUAUUGAAGAAGCACUUGUAUUCGCUCAAGCUAAACUUUCAGAAGUAGGAGAAGGCAAUCCUGCUAUACUUACAGAACUUGAAAGAACACUUGCAUUAUUGGCAUUUGAAGAACCUCAAAAGAGUCCAUUUGCUGACCUUCUUCAAACUACACACCGACAAAAAGUAAAAUUUGUGUUACACUAUAAUGAAUAGUAAUAACUAUAUUGAAAAAAUUGUUAUUUAUUUAUUUGUACAUUUCCAGGUUUCUAGCGAGUUAAAUGCAGCUAUUUUAAGAUUUCAUAAUCAACCAACUAUUACACCUAAACUUUACAAUCUUAUGAAACUCAUAAUGUGGGCCCAAGAUGAAUUAGAUAGAAAAAAAAUAAAAUUCCCCCAUAUGACUGAUUUUGGUUCAGCUACAUUAGAACCUCCUAAAUGACCCACACCUAAUGAGUACGACGACGUAUGUUGUGACUCUUUUUGGUUGUUUGAACAUAAGGAUUAAAUUUUAAGAAUUUUUUACGGUUAAUUAUUCAUAAUUAAUUUCCUAAUAUACUUAUAUAAAUUUUAGAUAUGAAGCAUUAUUAUUAAAUAACUAAAAAAUAUCAAUAUUUUAAUUAAAUUUAAUGGAUUAGUCGAUUAAGUUUUAAAAUUUAUCCAUUUACAAUGUAGAUUACACAUAUUUUUGCAGCAUAAUUUAAAUAUUAUUUAUACAUUAUAUAACAUUUUACCAAAAAAUAUAUUGUAAAGAUUUCAUUAGCAAAUUUUGUGUGUUGAUUUUAAGUUUAAAUAUUACUUAAUUUUAUGUGAAUUCGUACAAUAUAUUAGUUUGUUUUUUCGAUUUAGUAAUUUACUACUAUAGAUGUGUACAAAAUUUGUUUAAAUUUGAUUAUUUUUAUUACUUAUUGAAACAUUCCAAAAGUAUAAAAAAGACUGCAUCCCCUUCAAACUCAUGGUAAACCUUGUUUUAGUAGAAAGUUAGAAAGGUUAGAUGGACACAAUUAUAAAUCAUUAUCUUUGUUUUAUUGAUAUCAAUUUAAUGAUUUAUCUUAUCAAAAAAUGCUCAAGUUUCAUCCGAUAUUUUAUAUAAAAUUGAACACUGAAUGUACAAACUUGAAAACAAUUCUCUGAUAUAUAAAAUUGUAUAUAUAUUUAUGUCAGCAAUGAAAUUUUUAAGUAAAUGAAAUGUACUUUUAUGAAAAUGAGUAGUAAUUUAUGAUGAUAGGCCAUUCUGUAUCCAUUUUAUAUUAAUAUUUUAUAGUAUAAGACUUAAACAUGUAAAAUGAAUAUACAAUAUUAAUUUUGUUUACUGUAUAUUGUAUAUAUCUAAUUAGUGUUUACAUCAUAGAAAAUAUAUAUAUUAUCUUAGAUAAUAUGGAUAGAGC